CAUUGCACGUGGUAACAACAUUGAAUUAAAAUGCACACAAUAAUUUGAUCCUACGCUGUUGUGUAAAUGUUUAUCUAGAUUUCCUACAAUCAUUAUUUUUCUGUUCAAGGAAAGUUUGAUUACGAAUCUUGCAAUUCAAAAGAAUAAAAUCAUUUUAUCACUUUAAUACCUGAAGGUUUAACGACCAUCAUGAAAGAUUUCAGAGUACCUUUUACUCUGGCAGUUCCGUUGUCCUUAGCUUUGCUGGGUGUCUUAUGGAUUGUUAAGAGAAGAGCAGGGAAAAAAGAUGGAAAGAAACCAGUUAAACCUAUCCUCAAGGACACCAAGGAGUCUGACUCUGAAAAACAAAUUGAGGUUGAGAAAGUGGUUCAGACUAAACCCGUUGAAACAGAAGGCAUUACUUUAACUCAAAGAAAAAUACCAGACACCUUUGCCAGAGAUCGUGGUAGCUCAGAUCUAAGUUCUCCUGGUCUGAAAGCUGGAGUACUUGAUAAAGAACUUAUCUUGAUGGCCACUCUUUCUGAAACCAAGUCAAAGGAAUGCAUAGUGUCAGGGAAUUUUGGUCAAGGAGAUUCUUUAAGCACAAUUCAAAAAGAACAAAUUGAAGAACUAAUCACCUCAGCAAUGGGUGACGGUCUUCAAGAAGCUAAAGCUGUUCUGGCCAAAUCAUCCAACUCACUCUCUGCUUCAUCAGAUGUAACUGAUACCUUUGUCUCAAGUCUUAAUGUAUCACUAUCUUGUGGUAAUAAUAAUGCUGAUCUACCUGAGGCUCUUGAAGUUGUGGAAACAAUAUCUGUUGCUUCUGAUGCCACCCAAGUUAGCCAGCUAGAGCCUCAUUUGCUUGAACCACUGAGUGAAGAUGAAACAGCCUGUCUUGAUCUAAACAAAGAACCAGAGAUAAGUGUGUCCAACAUAAGCAGUGAUUUGGAUGAUCACACAUCUUUCCCUGAAGUUAGCAACCUUGUCACUGAUGUUUCUUUCAGCUUCUCAGAAAGCAUUACAAGCGAGACCAACAUAACAGAAUGUGUACAAUCUCCAGACUGCAUUGAUCCAGUAAUUUCAGUUGAAGGAGAUGGAUCAGAUAGUGCCCAGUCAUUUAAUGGCAGUGAUGGGGAGGAUAGUGACAUUGUUAAGUCAUCAGACGCUCUUGAUAGCAAUCUGGAUUUGAAAAGCGACCAGCAAGCCGAAACAAAUCCCUGCCAGUUUGUCACCCAUGAGUCUUCUAACCACGCUCCUUGUUCUGAAAGUGCAAGCCACCCACCCACAGACAGUAACUGCACACCACCACCUUGUGACCAGCAUGAGGCUGAGUCUGGAGCCCCAGAAACACCAGCUGUGGCAUCAGUAAGCUUAGACAGUUUGCCUGAAAUGUCCUCCGGCAAGGUGUUGGACUGGAGCACAGAAUGCGGUGACCUAACUUUUAACACAGCCGCUGAAACAUCUGUCUCCCCCUUGGAUGUCAGCACUUCAUCAAAGGGAGUUUUCGUCGCCAGCAACUUGGAGGUGUCUGACAACUCUGACGCUGUUUCCUUCUCUAGCUACCAUAGCAGCAGCAACGUGACUCAGAACUCAAGUGAUCAACAUCUGUCUCCAGCUGAGGAAAAUAAGGAAGAAUCCCCUGCUAAGUCCAUCUCUCCUCUUUGUGAUAACAAUAGUGAGGGCUCUAAUGAUAGUGGUAGAGGAGGUAGUGAACAUGAUGUGGUCUGCCAUGGAGGCGACUCCCUUGUUCAUUUUGAUUUCAACAUGCCAUCUGAUUUGUGUGGACGCUUUAUCGGAAGACAGGGCAAAAACAUCAAUUAUCUGAAGAGUAAAACAGGGGCAAAUAUCUCUCUUUCAAACAACCCCUUCACUGCAGAUUUCCAAAUUUGCCAAGUUGUAGGUACACAAGCAGAAGUGGAUGAGGCUCUGACCAUGAUUAGAAGGAAAUUCCCAUUAAAUGAAUAUCCUCUGUUGACAAUGGUUCCAAUUAACAUACCACAGACUCCACAAAUAGAAUAUCCAGUAAUUGUGUCUGAUGUUAUGCAGCUGAGUUUGCCAGAAGGUGUUUCUGUGGAUGUUUACGUAUCAGCCAUUGUAGAUGCCGGCCAUGUCUUUGUCCAGCAGCCAACACAUCGGUCAUUCAUGUCUCUUGAGAAGCUCACUUACUUCCUGAACACAGUGUAUGGUCAAGAUCCCACAGUCCCAUGCGUCCCAACACCUUUAGAAUGUGGCAUCAUCUGUGUCUGUGAGAAUGAUGGCUUCUGGUACAGGGCUAUGAUCAUGACGCCAGAGAAUGAGAAUGGAGAAGCUCAGGUCAAGUUUGUUGACUAUGGAGGGUAUGCUGUCAUGCCUGUCACAAGCCUCAAACAAAUUAGAACUGACUUUAUGUCCCUUCCAUUCCAAGCUGUUGAAUGCUUUAUGGCAAAUAUUACACCAAAUCAGGGUGAACAGUUUUUCAGUGAAGAGGCAACAAUGGCUCUCGGCACCAUGACAUCAUGUAAACUUUUGCAGUGUCAGGUUGUUGCGAGAACUGAAAAUGGCAUUCCCUACAUCCACUUGUAUGAAAUCAACCCUGAAACUAACAGCGCGGUGAUGAUAAAUAGGGCACUUGUAAACAGCAGGCUUGUCAGAUGGAUAGAGAUUCUUUAGUUGUGGCUUCACUGGUGUGACAGAGUGUAUGAAUGGAAGAAGAUUUUUGCAUAUAGUUUUAGUUUGUGUGGAUUUCCUUGUGUACUCAUUAAUAACCCACUGUGCCUCAAAUCCAUAGAAUUUUUUUGCAUAAUAUUAACUAUUGGGAUGGGGAGUAAGUGAUUCUACUAAAAUGCAAUAAGUGUUUUCAAAAUUUGCAGUUUAUGGUAGUUGAGAAUAUUUUUGAAGCAGUUAUUUGCAACCAGAAGUCUUGUAUACUCAGUUGGCACAGGGGGUAUUUAGCCAAUGGCAUUAAGCUUUUAUUCAAAUAGUAUCUUGCCAUAAAUGUGGUUGUAACAAUAAUAUUGUGUACAAUUCCUCCAUUAUCUUGUGUUGUGAGUGUGGACUUUUAUCCUUACCCUUAGUGUUUAGCACAGGAAAAACACCUUUUAAAAUUAUUAUUUUUACACAUAUUCAGCCAAAUUAAGCUUUUAAUAAAAUGUAACUAUAUAUCUAAUAAUUUUUUUUUUCUUACUGUCCAAAGCAGUUGAACCUAGAUCUUGAAAAAACCAAUUUAUAUUAAAACUUAAAAACAUUAGCUUGAAAGUUCUUUGGGCAAUGUUUGUAACAUUACAAAGGAUUAUAGGAUUAGAUGCUAAAUGCUUCUAUGAAGGCUCCAUUUUGUUAAGCCUUUUUAGUAUUACAACACAAGGAUUUUAAUUGACCUCAAACGUUAAAAUAUCACAAAAAUUGGUUCUAGAAAUAUCUUGAGUGCUUAGAAUUUUGUUACAUUUUAUUACAUCACUUUUGUUUUUUGCUUUCCUACUUGCUUAGUUUAAUUAUAAACUGAUUCAAAAAUAUUAAUUGCAUUCAUUUUUAGAUAUUUUACUAAGUGUAUAAGGCUUUAGUAUAUUAUUUUUGUGCAUUGAUUAAUUUGACUGCUUGAGCAGUAAGUUAAGUAUUAAAUGAAAGUGUUGUAAUUUUUGAAAAAAAUUGUCUCUUCCAUUUGCGAAACACAAAUUUUCCGCUGUCCAUUUUACAACUGAACAUUGAUUUUAUUUUGAUGUUGGCCUGUAUCAAAGCUGUGUAGAAUUUUUUUUUUACACUUUGUGUCUUGAACAAACGUUGCAGCAGACUUAUUUUUAUUUUUAUAAUCAUUCCUUAUAAACAAUCAAAACUAAAUGUGAAUGUACAUACAUUUUUUAAAAAGAAAAUCUAACUGAUGAAAACAUGACAAAUUUUGGCACACAUUUUGAUACCUCAGUUUCUUUUAUAAACCAAUCAGUAAACUAAUAAUUGGCUGACUUUAGUGAGAAAACUUAAGUCUUUUUCUAAUUCUUUAAAUCAAACUUCCUGUAAGGAAACCAUUUAAAAGUUUAAAACAUCUUAUUUUUUAAAUUUGUCAACAAAAAUGAACUUUUUAAAAAUCACUCAAUGACUACAAUGUAAAUGUUUCUGGUUUAAAUUAUCUGCUGAUUUGACAAAGAUAAGAGUAAUUUUAAAAGAUGGAAUUGAUGUGUAUUUCCCUCUCAAAUUUCAUAUAUAAAUACAGUGCCACUAGUAAUGAAACGCAUUUCAUAUCUUUGCUUAAUCAGAAUCCUUGCAUUAUUUGUUUUGUCCUCUGCAUAUCAUUUAUUUAUUUUCUUGUAGUUAAAAAGAUUUUAUUUUAAACAACACUCAAGAUGAAUACAUUUUUCAUGUGAUAAAAAUGUAUUAGUAUAACCAUGUAUUUUUUUUUAAAGAAAAUUCCAUGUGUUCCAAAACUGACAUUUUAAACAAGACGGUCAAAUUUAACUCUAUGUAAACUUACAGAAUACACCCCCAUCUUCCUUGCUUACUUUUUGCUAAACUUAUAAAAACAAGCCAAUCAAAUACUGUUAAGAAAUAGCCUUGAUUUAAGAAUGUAGCUUUUUUAAAAAUAAAUAUUACAUUAUACAAAUGUACGUGGUCGACAUAAUUUUAACAGUUUUAACACUUAGCUGAGGAUAAGCUAUUCCCCACUAUUACUUACUUUUCUGAACUACAUACAUCUUGAGUAAGUUACUGAUUUAAAAACUAUUUUUCCUGUAUUAUAGUUGGUUACAUGAAAAAAAAUUUCCUAUGUUGUAGAAGUUUGCAAGUUUCUGUGUAAUGUUAUCUCAAUGUUAUUUUGCUUUCCUUUAGAGUUUGUGCGUAUAAUUAAAUUAUUUUAAUCCACUUUUGAUAGUUAGCCCCUUAAGGAAGAGAUGGCUAACAUCAUUGUUUAAUAGUUUGAUAUAUCAGGGUCUUUUGAGUUGUGUUCAGUUUUGAAGUUGUCAUUUAUAUUUGUUGAGCUGUAUAUAUAAAAUAAACUUUUUUAAAAAUUAGUUUGAUUCUUUAAUUUAGUGUUUGCCUUCUGACUCAUAGUUGUAAGUUUAAUUAGUUUGAAGUAGCCAGUAUUAUUGCAUGACAUCCUAGUUUUACUAUACAUCCUAGUUUUACUAUUAGAAACUGUUUAAAAUACUAUUUACUGUGUAUUUUUGUUUUCCAACACACCUAUCAGUAGGUGUUUAACGAACUUGUUUGAGAUCAUGCUUAUUUAUAAUCUGUCUGAAUCAAAUAUUAUUAUUCAUACUUCUCAGAAUUGCAGUAGACCUACUUUUCAUUGAGGCAGUUGGUUUUAAUUACUAAUGCAAAAUUACUUUAUUACAUAUCACAAAAAGUGAUUAUGUAUAUAUUGAAAAAUUGUUUUUAAGUAAACAUUAGUUUUGUGAGCAAUGAUUUUUUUUUUUAAAUUUGUAAUUGAUAUGCAUAUUGUAAAAAAUACCUUUUUAAAACGGUGAGCUAAGAAUAAAAGCAAAAUGACCAAGUAUUGAAAAUGUAAAUUGGUUUAUAUAUAAAAUAUUGGUAUAAUGACCUUUACACCUUCAUUUUUAGAUAAAGUUAUGCAUUUUGAAAAUGACACAAAAGCAUUUUUUUUAACAUGUUGGACCGUUGUUUUAGACAAAUAAUUUGACCUUGUAAAUAUUCAUGUAUAAAGAAUUAGGCCAGACUUGUUUUAAACAUUUUAUUAAAAUUCCUAAAUGCAGCAUUUUAAAAAGAAAUACGAUUGUCAAGUCACUACUGACAAUUCAGUGAUCGCAAAAAACUAAAAAAAUAAAAUUGUGAUGUAUUUUUAAAAAAAUUAAAUGAAUAGAAAAGGUUGUUACAAGUGAUUGCAAAGAGAGUUGGUUGAUCUGAAUACUGAGAGUCUUCAGUUAAUUAUUACAAAGUUAAAUAUUGUGUAGCAGGUACUGCAUUAUUUUGUGCUUGUAUAUUUAUCUUGUUAGGAUGUCAUUUGUAAAUAGUUUAAGCCUAAUUAUUCUAAAACAAUCUUUCCCCUGAUUUUUGAAUUUUUUUGUGUGCUUCUCCAUUAAAGCAUUUAAUUUUAA